AUGUCCAAUGUUCCAAAAAUGAAAAAAGGUACAGUAACCGGGAAGCAAAAAAAAAGAAAAAAAAUGAUAAUAAAAUUUGGUUCGAUGUAAAAACACAGGGUGUGAUUUUUUACCCGAAAAAUUUCGCGCAUUUUUUGAGACCUGACACAAUCUAAAGCGACGAAAUUCAACGCAAACUUGAGAGAUUUAGAGAAAAAUAUUUUUGAUCUACCAGAAAAUUUCCUGAAAAUUUUGAAGCCUAGAGAUUUUGGGUAGUUAAUUACACUCUGUGAAAAACGGGAUUUUGAGAAGGAGAAUGGAAGUUGGGAUGUAUUUUUGAUAACCUAUAAUUUAUAUGGGUGAUUUUUAAGAUCUGCAGGCCCUGGAGAUUAUGAGCUCUGGGGUAUCUCUUCUGACUUUUCUCCCUAAUCUCAUGAACACUUUUUUGAUGGCCAUCCUUGUUGAAUAGAAAUAUAAAAUGUUCCCCUGAUAAGCAACGCAGGGCCUGCUUGCUCGAUUUUUUUCAGUCUCAUACAUAUUUUCAGCAAAGCAAACAAUUAGAAGCAAAUCAUCAACAUCUGCAAGUGUUGCUGGAAAAUCAAAUAAUAAUUUACGUGGGUCAGAAACUGGUGGAAAACAUAAAUUAUCAUCACCAAAUGUGUCACAAGAAAGAGAAACUCGAAAAAAUACAAUAUCAAAAGGACGAACUCCGCGAAGAGAAUUAGAAGAAUCAAGUUCGGCAAUAGCAAUCAAUGCAAAAUCAACAAUGUUAACAUCUUGUAAAGUUUUGAAUUCUCAAGAUAAUUCAGAUCGAAGACUUGUUGCUUUAACAAAAAAUAAAUCACAAGAUAAAGUUGCAAAAGGAAAUAAAAAGAAAUUGAAAGAAAAUGAAGAAAGAAAUUCCGGUGAAAACUCUGAUGUAAAUUUUGUAUUUAUUUCUAGAAUAUUGAAAUUUCCCGAUAAAACUUUAAUUUUUCAGACAAAAGGAAAACAAAAUGAAAUUGCUCAAAAAUGGGUUGAUUCAACAAUUUUGGCUGGUUUAUCUGCGAUGAGAAUGGAUUUUAAAAGUUGUAAAAAUACAGUAACAAAUGAAGAAUGCACGGCAUUUCAUAAAAAUAUGACAAAAAAUCGAUAUCCAAAUGUUCCAUGUCUUGAUAAAACUCGAUUUAUUUUGACAGAUGAUCCGAAUUUUUAUAUUCAUGCAAAUCGUGUCAGGUUAGUUUUAAUUCAAAUGUGGGAUACUGUAUAUAUUAAUUGGGUUACUGUAAUCAAAAAGAUUGAGAUACUCUAGAAAAAUAUCCUGAACUCUAGGAGAUCAGCGAAAAAUUGAAGUGGUCAAAAAUAUAGGUACUGUAGUACUGUAGUCAAAAGGUUGGACUACCGCAAUUAAUUGUUUUAUCGAUUACUGUAUUAAUCUUCAUAGGGUUACUGUAGUUAGAAAAUAUUGUAACUCUAUAUUUUUAAAAAUACAUAUUUUCCUAAAUUCUAAUUUUUUUUAUUUCCUGAAUAUUUUCAUUUUGUUUAAAAAAUUGCAGAGUUUGUCCGAGUCAAGAUCGAUAUAUUUGUACACAAGCACCAUUAGCAUCCACAAUUGAAGAUUUUUGGAAAAUGGUUUUGUCAAGUGUAAGUUCUUUUCUUUUGUUGAAAUAUUCUGAAUCAAACCCCAGUUUUUUCAGGACACCGGUUCAAUAAUUAUGCUUUGCGCUUUGAUUGAAGAAGGUGCUUCAAAGUGUGCAAAAUAUUUUCCGUAUGUUUUUGAAUUUGAAUUUCUCAUGUUUCUUUUUUUUAGAGAUUCCGGUCAAACCAUGGAUUUGUCGCAAUUCAAAAUUAUAAAUGAGUCAACAAAUGUUUUCAAUCAACCUGAUUCAAAAGAUAAAGUUCAACAAAGUCAAUUGAAAAUCAUUUGGAAGUCUCAAAAUAAUAAAGAAUAUAAACUAUCCCAUUAUUUAUGGACAAAUUGGCCGGAUCACGGAAUGCCAGAAAAAACUGAAACAUUGUUGGCAGUUUUGGAUGUUAUACGAAAAGAUGUGUAAGUUCGAUUUAUAUUCCAUUUUUUUUUUCAAUUAUUUUGGCCAAUUUUAGGAAAGCUGUAGUAGUUCAUUGUUCUGCGGGAGUUGGUCGAACUGGAACAUUUGUAUUAGUUGAAUCGAUUAUAAUGUCAUUAACUUAUCCAUCAAAACUUGUAGUUCGUGAAUUAUUUGCUAGAUUACGAGCUGAUAGGGCAAAAAUGGUUCAAACUCUUCCACAAUUCAUAUUUGCAAUUCGAUGUGCUUUGGAAUAUGCCUAUUCAAAUUUUUCAGUGAAAAAGAAUACGGUAGAAUGGGAUAAGUUUAAUGAUGUAAGGUUUUACAUCUUAAUUCAAUUAGAUUCAAUUUUUGUUUCAGGAAUACACCAAGUUUAUGGCGAAAAAACGAAAGAAACCUGAAAUUGGAAAACUUCGGAAAAAAGCAUCAUCGGUUUCAUGUGAAAAUGAUGAUGAUGAAAAAGAAGCAGUACCUCCACAUAAAGAUGAACCAUUACAGCAAAAAUCCAAUCAACCUCCACAAGAAGGUAGUUCGGCUGCUGAAGUAUCUGCUGCAAAUCCCGAAUCAACAGUUCAAUAA